AUUCCAUAUUCAAGAUCAAAGAAAACACAAUCACAAAACAGCACCAUCAAAACCUUGUUUGCAUUCCAAAAAUGGCAGCUGCUACAUCUGGUGCAGUGUUAAAUGGGCUAGGAUCACCCUUCUUGACUGGUAGCAAGAGGAACCACAACUUGGCUGCACCAAUUGGUGCCCCCAUCAGCGGUGGUUCUGCCUCAGCCCCUAAGCGGGUUGUUAUUGUUGCCGCGGUUGCUGCCAAGAAAUCUUGGAUCCCCGCGGUUAAAGGUGGCGGCAAUUUGCUUGACCCCGAGUGGCUCGACGGAUCGCUCCCAGGUGACUUUGGGUUCGAUCCGUUGGGCCUAGGAAAGGACCCAGCAUUCCUAAAAUGGUACAGAGAAGCGGAGUUGAUCCACGGACGGUGGGCCAUGGCUGCGGUCCUUGGCAUCUUUGUGGGGCAGGCAUGGAGCGGAAUCCCAUGGUUCGAAGCUGGAGCGGACCCAGGUGCCAUUGCCCCUUUUUCAUUCGGAAGUCUGUUGGGCACCCAACUCUUACUAAUGGGUUGGGUUGAGAGCAAGAGAUGGGUUGACUUCUUUAACCCAGAAUCACAAUCGGUUGAGUGGGCCACCCCAUGGUCCAGAACAGCUGAAAAUUUUGCUAACUACACUGGUGAACAAGGAUACCCGGGUGGUAAAUUCUUUGACCCGUUAAGCUUUGCGGGCACGAUCCAGAAUGGAGUUUACGUUCCGGAUAGCGAGAAGCUUGACAGAUUGAAGCUGGCUGAGAUUAAGCAUGCAAGACUUGCUAUGGUUGCUAUGCUAAUUUUCUAUUUUGAGGCAGGGCAGGGGAAAACACCUCUAGGAGCUCUCGGUUUGUAAGGGAAAAACGCGGGUUGUCUUAUUACGCUUCCUUGUAAUCAUGUGAUAUGUAAAUCUGUUUAGAGAAACACGAGGUUGAAUCGAUUCAUAAACAUGUACAAAAGCCAAA